GAUUGGCUUCUGUUGUUUCCAUCCACAGAAUCACACUCUAUAAAUCUUCAAGCAGAAAAAGAGACUUCUUUCACCUAUUUGUAAUGUUGAGCAACACUUAAUAGAGUAACAGAAAAGGCUCAAAAUCAGGAAAUUAUGCAGUCUUCAGCUCAGUUUCUCCAGCCUCCAGCAACCCCUCUACCUCCUAAACAAAUUCAAGGCACAAGUAUAAGCAAAUGUAGCAAAUUUUCGCGUCGAGAACUUGCCAUGGGAACCAGUUCAUCCUUGCUUGUACUAUUAGGCUCCCAGGCUAUUGAGCCAUUGAGUAUAUCAAGGGCAAGGGCAGAUGAACUUCCUCCCGAUAAUGACGAUAAAAUAGAACCAGAUCAAGAGCCUUCAAGAAAAAUUGAAUACUGUUCAGAUCAGAAUGUAACAAAACAAGCAUUUCUUGAAGUAUCAGUUGAUGGGGAACCUAUAGGAAGGAUUGUUAUUGGGCUAUAUGGUGAUAGUGCCCCGGUUGGCUCAUCAAGAUUCAGUAACCUGGUUAGUGGAGCAGCAGGGGUUAGUUAUAGAAGAAAAGAGUUUGUAAGGAUAAUGCCAAAUUAUGUACAACAUGGUGGAUUGAGGUCAUAUGGAGUGGAUGCUGAACUUGCCAAGAGUACUGGAAGGACUAUGGUGAUCGAUAACCUUGUAGACGAAUGGGAGAAACAGAGUGAAAUGUGUCAGGGUACCAAGAAUGUAGCAUCAAGUGUCAGCAUUAUUGUAAGGGACCCUUCAAAACCACCUCCGAAAAUGAAGCUGGUUGCUCGAGGAGGGAAGCUUGAAAUCGACAAAGAAGAAGUGGGAAAAGAUGUGAAUGGUACAGAGUUUACUAUUGCCCUUAAAGAUUCACCUGAGUUGGAUGCAUCUGCUUUAGUCAUUGGGAGAGUCUUGGAGGGGAUGGAUGUUGUUGAGAGAAUUGGCCAAGUCAAAACUGUGAAAGAGAAUACAAGCUCUCCUUAUUUCAGGGCGGCCAAGUUGAUAGGAGAUAAAAGGGCUGUAGUUGCGGAGAGGGGCUUCAACAGACCUUACUCAAAGGUGAAAAUAACAAACUGCGGCUUGAUGGAAUGAUCAAAGAUGUGGUUGGAGAGAUUUUUGUCCCUUCAUUUCAGUGGAGAGGGAGAACUGCUCAAAUAAAAGUGUACAAAACAAAUUCCUCAUGCAAUUGUACCUCUCAACAGAAAGCUUACAUCAAUGUUGAUUAA